AUGAGCAGACGCUUAUUUAGUAUAUCCUAUCUCAAUCUAAAUUCAUCAACAUUUUCAAUUAACAACUUAUUAAGCUAUGUACCGCGAGCAAUACCAAAGAGGAAGAAGAAGUCGUUGUCAAAGCCACAAAGUGGAAAGAGAGUAGUUGCAGGAGCUGAGACAACUGAGCUCUCGAGUGUCACAAAUGAAGUGCAUCAACAUUCUCACUACAAGAGACCCACACAUCCCACGUCUGUUCCAAUUUCGAAACUAUUUAGUAACACGUUUCCACUAGGUGUGGCUGAAUCAAUAGAGCACUACAAGCUACGCAAUGAACCACUUCGAUUUCAGCACGAAUUGUUGUCAACUUUACCGUUUUACCCCAACAAGGACAGUUUAGGUAGGACAUCGAAAGUGUUGAAGGUACCAAUCGACGACAAGGAAAACUAUAUCAACGAGUUUGUCAUUUAUCCCCCAGGCAAAACGGAAGCCGAUCUGGCCACAAUGAAACAUUUGGUUAUGAUUCAUGGCUAUGGUGCCGGCCUUGGGUUUUACCUCAAAAACUUUGAUGCGAUAGCCAUGCGCAAUGACUGGUGUAUUCACGCAAUAGAUCUUUUUGGGUACGGCUGUAGCUCACGCCCUCAUUUCCACCCGCAAAAUGUCGAGCAAGUGGAAAAGUGGUUUUACGACUCCUAUGAAGCUUGGUUUGCUCAAAAGAAUAUUGACAAGUCAAAGUUGUUAAUCAUGGCACAUUCAAUGGGCGCUUACUUGAUGGCGUGCUACGGCAUUGCUCGAGAUGCCCACUUUUGCAGAAAAAUAAUUAUGGCUUCACCAGGGGCAAUCAUUAGGCAUAAGCGUCAAAUACCGGUUCCAGGAUACUUUAAGCGACUUUGGGAAAGAAACAUUUCGCCAUUCACGUUGGUGCGGAAAGCUGGUCCGUUGGGUUCAAAGGUAGUCAGUGGAUGGUCGUCGAGGAGAUUUGCUAACUUGUCCAAAAGAGAGGCCUAUUUGUUGCACAAGUAUGCCUAUGGUAUAUUUCAGGCUAGAGGUUCAGGUGAGUACAUGCUAAAUUUCUUGCUUGCUCCCGGUGCUGACGCUAGGUUUCCAUUGAUCGAGAAGGCGAUACAUAAGUUAAGAUGUGAUAUGACAUGGUGGUAUGGAGAUGGAGAUUGGAUGGAUAAAUCGGGGGGACAAAUGUGCAGUGACAUUAUUAAUAAUUUGGCAGAAUCAGCCGAUCGACCUCAACGCAGCGAUGUAAAGGUCAUCGAGUACAGUGGACACCAUGUGUACCUUGACAACAUUACACAAUUUAAUAAUGCAGUUUUAGAGGAAAUGGAUAAAUUUUAA